AUGGACGAAGCCCGCAGAAUUGGCCCUCUGGGCAAUACCCCUCCAGUAUUCAACAUCAAUCUGUUAUUGCCUCCAUCUGAGCGCUAUGUGGAGCUCGCACGCCUAUACCGAGACCGGAUGCGAGCUCUGCGAGGCAUGUUUGACGAGCUGGUCCAAUCCAUCUCCUCAAAGAUCCCCUUGAAGCUAGUUCACAGGCUUGCCCGCUUAUUCCUACGCAAACUCUAUACCCACGAAGAAACAGAGGAGCUUCGCGGCAUCAGCCGUGUCACAGAAAUCGACAUGUACCUCCUAAUCAGUCUGAACACGGUCCUCGAUCUCCUGAUGGGCUGUACGAGCGGUGGUGUACGGACCACAGAUGGACAUGGGACGAGAAUGCUCCAUUUCCGAACUUUGGAUUGGGGAAUGGACCCGUUGCGUGACCUGAUUGUUCAACUUGAGUUUAGAAGGGGAGACGACCCAACGCUGCUUGCAACGACAGUCACGUACGUUGGAUACGUGGGUGUUCUUACGGGCGUAAGGAAGGGUCUUAGUGCUUCGCUGAAUUUUCGACCUAUUCACGACACAUCGAAGAAUUUGGCUUUCUAUUCUAAUCAUCUUCUUGUGCUUCUUGGGAUGCGACAAUCCAUAUCAUCGCUGCUGCGGGAAUGUAUCUUCACUUUUCCAUCUGGGUCGCAGCCCGAGAGUAGAGGAUUAUCGACACUCGAAGGAAUCGUCGCAAAUGUUCCCAGUAUGCCAACGACGGCUGCCUACUUCAUCUUCAGCAAUGGGACCACCACAGUGACGAUGGAGAAAGAUUAUCGUACGGCAAUCGUGCGCUCCUCGUCAUCAUUCAUUGUCACUACAAACCACGACCAGCAGUCAGAAGCAUCACUCAAGGCUAUUGCCGAAGACAAAAGACAAAAUCAUGCAGGUCUAACGUUGGUCUCGGGUGGCAUUGAGGCCAUGGCGGACUUGAUUGAAGACAGCAAUGAGAGACGUGACUGCAUACAAGCGAAAUGGGACAAAAAACUGAAGAAGCAUAUGCAAGGCCGGGACAGGAUUGAAAGGCAGGAAGCAGAGCAAAACCAGGCGCAUCAAUCUCAAGGAACAAGAUCAUCACUACGUCUGAGACGGAAAAAGGAAGAUGACGCCAAGGUGGAGCGGAGACAGGGCUCUAUGUCUCAUUCCGAUUACAAUGGCCUGGCCAUCACGCAAAAAGAAGCAAUAUCGUGGCUCACGACUUACCCAGUUCUGAAUGAAGAGACCCAUUACGCUGGUAUCAUGGACCCAUGUGAAGGUAGCUUCGUCUGGGUGAAGCGGUACGAUCCAAAUGAAUGGGAGGGUUGA